ACCUGGUGUCGACGGCGGCCACGGCAGCGACGGAACGCAGAAUACGGCCGUUGGCAGUUGGAUAUCGAGUACGGCGGUCGCAUUGGCCAAGCACCGGCCAAGCAUCCGCCAAGCAUCGGCCACAGCCAUAGCCACCGCAGCAGCCCCGGCCCGCCACCCAAUCCCUGCCCUUGCGGUUCGUCCUCGGCCCCAUUGUUUCCUCCUCGACAAUACGCCACCUCUCGUCCGAUCUGCCCAUAAAUAGCCCGCAUCCGCCGCCAUUCCUCGCCCAUCUCCAUCAGCAUGCUUCUGCGACCCACUCGCUUCACCAGCCGCCUCGCUCCUCUCGCCCCAUCUGCGCGUUUCUUCCGUUCGCAGUCCGCCCACGCCAUGUCAACGCUCGCUGCCUUCAAGGACUACUUCUCGGCCAGCUCCAAGGCGUAUGCAAAGUUCCGCCCCACCUAUCCUCCGGAGCUGUACGAGUUCCUUUCGUCCCUCACCAAGGAGCAUAAUCUCGUGUGGGAUGUUGGCUGUGGCUCUGGCCAGGCCGCCAACGGGCUCUCUGCAUACUACAAGCAGGUCGUUGCCUCGGACCCUUCCUCUGCCCAGAUCGAGAAUGCUCCUCGACUCCACCCCAACGUCCGCUUUGAGGUUGCCCGUGCCGAGGACGACCCCGUUGCGGUGCUUGGCUUGACCCCCGGCAGCGUCGACAUUGUCACCAUUGCCGUCGCGCUGCACUGGUUCGACCUGCCUCGAUUCUACGAGCGGGUCGCCCAGAUCGCCAAGCCUCGAUCCGAGGGCGGGACUGUCAUUGCCGCCUGGACCUACAUCCUGCCUACCUUCCCCAAGGGCUGCGAGCCGCUGCAGGAGAUCCUGCUGAACUAUUACCACAACAUCGUGGGCCCUGUCUGGGAUGCUUCCCGCGCCCUCGUCGACCAGGAAUACGCCACCAUCCCGUGGCCCUUUGAGCACAUUCCCCUGGAGGGAAAGUACACCGAGGGAUACGGCAGCAACGGCGUGCUCCGCGGCCACUUUGUCUGCGAGCGCCAUGUCGACCUGGCCAUGUUCGUCGGCCACUUGACCACCUGGAGUGGCGCCAGGCGCUACGAGGAGCUGCACCAGAUCGACCCCCUCACCCUGAUCUAUGACGACCUGGUCAAGCACUGGCCCGGUGCCUCCGAAGGCAAGGGUCCGAAUGGCAAGGGCGAGCUCGUCACCCUGACCCACUCCAUCAGUGUCCGUCUCGGCCGCGUCUUCUCGGACUGAUCGCCGGCUGCCGCGUGCUGCUGGUGUCUCAACCACAAGGGACAAAAACCGGACCCAGCAAUCAUCUGCGAGAGAGAGAAAGAGGGAGAGAGAAGGAGCUGUAAUUAGCGAGUAUCGUUCAUCAAUGGACGUCUCAUUGAAUCAUCGUACCACCGCUGUUGCCGCCAGUCGUCGACAGCACAUUCAGGUUGGGAGAGAUGCAUCGUCUUGAAUACAUGUGGCUAAUCUCCAUGAAUACUCACCAA